UGGAGCUCAGUCUAUUUUUAUGCAUGAAACGGCAGUAAAAAUGAGUAUGAGAAUAAUUAUACUGGUUUGUUUAGGAAUUAUCUAAUAUUUUAUUUGGUGACAAGCCUCUCGUGACGAGGGGCUUUCGUCACUGUGUGACACAUAAUUGCAGGUGGAUUUUGACCACCCCUUAUGGGAAUAUGGUAGUGAGUGUGUGUUUAUAAUAUUAUAAUAAAGUGUUUACUUGUGGAAUUGUUUUAUUACAGUGAAACAAUGGAGAAACAAUUAUCAGAACUAAUUUACGAACCCAGUCGUGAGUUUCACAAGUUCACUCGGAUGUCACUAGAGGAUUUUGAAGAUUUACUAUCUAAAGUUAGCCCAUUUAUUAUGAAGAAAGAUACCCAGCUACGUGAAGCUGUUCCUGCCAAAAUACGUUUGGCUGUUACGCUGCGCUUCUUGGCUUCUGGGGACAAUUACGAAAGCCUACAUUUCCUAUUCAAAAUUUCACCUCAAUUAAUUUCUCAAAUUGUACCAGAAGUAUGUGAGGCUUUGAAUAAAGUCUUAAAGGAUGAGAUAAAGCUACCAUCAUCAAAUGAAGAAUGGCUUGAAAUAGAAAAAGGCUACAGAAAUAAAUUUCCUCGAUGCAUUGGAUCAUUAGACGGAAAACAUAUUGUUAUAGAAUGCCCUGCCAAUUCAGGAUCGGAAUAUUACAAUUACAAAAAGGAUUUCAGUGUUGUUCCUCUCGCCGUAGUGGAUAGUAAUUACAAUUUCAUUUUUGCUGACAUAGGAAGCAAUGGUCGAAUGAGUGAUGGAGGUAUUUUUCGGGAAACUGUACUAUGGAACAAAAUUACUACAGAAACACUCAAUUUUCCUGAUCCUCAUCCAUUACCAGGUUCUGAU